AUGGACGUGGAUACAGGAGGGCAACGCUCCCACUCCGGCUCCCGCAGCCGCAGUCCCUCGGCGGGCUCAGUGUCCAGGAUGUCUCACGAUGGCUCCACGCAUUCAAGACGCAACUCUAGAUCUACGUCACGUUCCAAGUCGCGCUCCCGCUCCAAGUCAAGGUCACGCUCCGCUCACUCGCGUUCCAAGUCUCGUUCGCGUUCCAAGUCUCAGUCGCGUUCUAAGUCUCGCUCGCUUUCCAAAUCUCGCUCUCGCUCGCGUUCUAAAUCUCAUUCUCGCUCGCGUUCCAAGUCUCACUCUCGUUCGCGUUCCAAGUCUCGGUCGCGUUCCAAGUCUCGGUCCCGUUCCAAAUCUCGGUCCCGCUCCAAGUCUCGGUCCCGAUCUAAGUCCAGGUCUCGCUCAAAGUCAAGCACACGGUCCCACAGCGGCUCCCACAAGUCGCGGUCUCGGUCGCGCAGUGGGUCCCCGGCGCAAGGCAUGGAGGUUGAUGCGGCAGAAACUCGCCGUUCCCGCUCACGCUCCCGAUCCGCUUCGCGACACUCAAAAUCCAAGUCUCAUUCAAGAUCACGAUCCAAGUCUCGGUCCAGAUCAAAAUCACCUGAUCAAGUGCGUAAAAGUAGGAGUCGCUCGAGGUCCGGAUCUGGCGCUCGGAAGGCUGGCUCGCGGUCACGAUCUGGUUCGCGGUCCAAGUCGAGGUCUCGCUCCAGGUCGCGCUCCGGCUCACGCUCAAAAUCCCGCUCUCGCUCCAAGUCCCGCUCCCGGUCCAAAUCCCGCUCACGCUCCAAAUCCCGCUCUCGCUCCAAAUCCCGCUCACGCUCCAAAUCCCGCUCCCGCUCCAAAUCCCGCUCACGCUCCAAAUCCCGCUCACGCUCCAAAUCCCGCUCACGUUCCAAAUCUGGCUCCCGCUCCAAGUCCCGGUCCCGCUCGAGGUCGGGCUCCCACUCUAGCGCGGGGUCCCGGCGCGCACACAAGCGACGCGCUGUGCGCCUGCAGUCUGACGACGAGCCCGCGCAGCCCGCGUCCCCCGCCUCGCCCGGCGCCUCCGCCGCCCCGCCCCCCGACAGGCAGGACGCCGCGCCGGCCGCCGACUCGUCGGACGACGAGCUGGAGCCCGACAUGAAGUCGGCAGAGAUGGCGGCCGGCAUGUCGGACUUCGAGCUCAUGUUGGCGCGCAAGCGAGAGGAGCGGCGCGGCCGGCGGCGGCGGCGGGACAUCGACAUCAUCAACGACAACGACGACCUCAUCGCGCAGCUCCUGCAACAGAUGCGCGCCGCCGCCGACGAGGACCGCGACCUCAACAAGCGCAACCAGCCCGCCGUGCGCAAGGUGUCCAUGCUGAAGGCCGCCAUGUCGCAGCUCAUCAAGAAGGACCUGCAGCUUGCCUUCCUCGAGCACAACGUGCUCAACGUCCUCUGCGACUGGCUCGCGCCCAUGCCCAACCGAGCCUUGCCCUGUCUGCUCAUCCGGGAGAGUAUCCUCAAGUUGCUCAUGGACUUCCCGUCGAUAGACAAGUCGCUGCUGAAACAGUCCGGCAUCGGCAAGGCCGUGAUGUACCUGUACAAGCACCCCAAGGAGACCAAGGCCAACCGCGAGCGCGCCGGCCGUCUCAUAUCGGAGUGGGCGCGGCCCAUCUUCAACCUGUCUACGGACUUCAAGGCCAUGACGCGCGAGGAGCGCCAGGCGCGCGACGAGGCCAUGGCGGGCGCGCGGCGGCGCGCGGGGUCGCCGCCGGCCAAGCGCGCGCGCGACGAGCCCGCCGCCGCCCCCGCGCGGCCUGGCGCGCCCGGCUGGGUGGCGCGCGCGCGCGUGCCCACGCCGUCCUCCAAGGACUACGUGUACCGCCCCAAGUCCACGUGCGAGCUCGACAUGUCGCGGACCACCAAGAAGAAGAUGACGCGCUACGAGAAGCAGAUGAAGCGGUUCAUGGACCAGAAGCGCAUGAAGAGCGGGUCCCGGCGCGCCGUCGAGAUCUCCAUAGAGGGCCGCAAGAUGGCGCUGUAA